CAAAGACUCAGAAUACACAUAAAAGAAGUCUUCUUUAAGCAAGAUGAUCCUUACCUUCAUGUUGCUCUUCACCAUUCUCAUAGUUGCUGUUGCUGCAUCUUCUUCAUGCCCCAUGGAUCUCACCUAUGUUAAAACCAUUCCCUGGAACGCUUCAAUCUGCAACAAAGACCCUGUUAACAAAGAUCUCUGCUGUCAAGAACUUUCGAGCAUCUUCGGCAUAGGCCUUGCUGAACAUCUCAAAGAAACAUCUAUGUUUUACCUUCCUGAUCUAAACACUUCCUCCACUUGCUUAUCUGAUUUCAAACACAACCUUGCAGCCAUCUCAGUGAAACCAAACAUAGUCUCUUUUUGCUUCCCUAACCCAACCCAGUUUGUCACCAACUCUUCAGCUUGUGCAGGGAUUACAACUCUACAAGAUUGGAACCAAAAGGUCGCCAUGGAUGGCCCAGUGAAAACAUCGUGCAAAGGGGACCUUAAAGACCAAACCCUCUGCAGUAAUUGCAUUGACGCUGCUUUAGAAUUGGUUUCCAAUCUGAAACGUACUGACCCAAAUGCCAACAGAUGUUUUUACUACACAGUUCUAUACGUUGCAGCUGUUGCUAAUCCGUUUGGGACCACAGAUCUGAGCACUACUGGAUGCAUACUUGGCAUGACACAACCAUCUAAUGCAGGAAGAAAAGGGUCAUCAAACAAAAGAAGAAAAAAGAUCAAGCUUGUAAUUACGUUGUUGGGUGUUGUUGUUGGUGUUGUGUUUGGUUUUGCUCUUGCUCUGAUGGUCGUGUACAGGAAGUGGGAUAAGAGAAGAAAGGAAAACGUUCGUCGCAGGGAAGUUGAAAACGAGGUUAGGGCUGGUGUUUUGCCUGGUACAGGUGCUAAAUGGUUGCAGAUAUCAGAGCUGGAACGUGGCACGAGUAAAUUUUCCGAGAGUAAUGUGAUUGGGAAAGGUGGUGAUGGGAUUGUGUACAAAGGGGCUCUUUCAGAUGGCACUGUGGUUGCGGUGAAGGAAAUUUUUGAUUUGGAAAGUAAAGGCGAUGAAGAGUUCUGCUAUGAAGUUGGGAUCAUAAGCACAAUAAAGCACAGGAAUCUUCUUGCUCUUCGGGGUUGUUGUGUUACAAGUGAUAGUUUGAAAGGUAAGAGGAGGUUUUUGAUUUAUGAGUUUAUGCCUAAUGGAAGCCUGAGUGAUCAUUUGUGUUGUUAUGGUGGUAAUAGGCUAACAUGGCCAGAAAGGAAGAACAUAAUCCUUGAUGUGGCUAAGGGGCUUGCUUAUUUGCACUAUGAAAUCAAACCCCCAAUUUAUCAUCGUGACAUAAAAGCUACCAACAUACUUUUGGACUCCAAAAUGCAUGCUAAAUUGGCAGAUUUUGGGUUGGCCAAACAGGGUAAUGAUGGUGAAUCUCAUCUAACUACAGGGGUUGCUGGCACUUAUGGUUAUGUAGCACCAGAAUAUGCACUGUAUGGGCAACUUAGUGAGAAAAGUGAUGUGUACAGUUUCGGUAUUGUGAUUCUGGAAAUCAUGAGUGGAAGAAAAGUGCUUGAUGCUUUGAAUUCUUCCACGGAUUCAGUUACAGAUUGGGUAUGGGCACUUGCAGAAUCUGGAAAGAUGGAGGAGAUUUUUGAUGAGUCAAUAAGAGAAGGGUCAGUGAAAAAUAUGGUAAGGUUUGUUCAUGUUGGAAUGUUAUGUGCUCAUUUGGUAGUGGCGUUUAGACCUACUAUUGUUGAGGCCCUUAAGAUGUUAGAAGGUGACAUUGAGAUUCCUGAAUUACCUGAGAGGCCAGUGCCACUUGGUCAUGCGUCCUUUCAAUCUUCUCUGUUGCAUGGUUUGCAGAGAAGUGGUUGAAGAUCAAACCCACUUGUUUCAUCUUAAUCAACCCUACAACUAAACAAUUCAUCAAAACUCUACUCCUAGUCAUAAUGGAGGAGCUCCAACAGCAACAGUUAUGGGAGCUAACAUGUUGAUAACAAAUUUAAUGCUAUUCAUGUAAUAUUUUCCAUUAUGAAGAUAGAAAAGAAAACAGAGCAAGUCAAGAAGGAAUACCAAAACGAUGUGAGAAAAAAAGUAAACAAGAAGAAAACUUCAUUUCUUUUUGUGUAUCUCAAAAAAGAAGAAUACAAUAAGAGUCAUAUAUUUUCAUAGAAUCGGUUUUGGAGGCCCUCCAUGUUCUACCACUCAUACGAUGCUACAUACAUAUGUAAUGGCAUCAAUUGUCAUAGUCUGACGUACAUGUCAUUACUAUUCCAUGUCGUAUUGGGUUAGUUUAGAAGGUAGACGCUGUAAAAUACAGUGGCAAAUACGCUGAUAAAUA